AUGUCAGAUGAUUUUGAUGCUGAGACAAAGCCCGAAUGCAAGAGUCUUCAGGAGCAGCUUCGUCUGAACUCUAUUAACAAGCAGGCAGAAUUUCAGCGACAAAUUGAAGAACGCAAUUCUAUGAUAAAUCGGAUGAGCUUUGAAGAUGUUAAAUAUUAUGAGAAGUUGAAAGAUGAUGCUCUGAAAAAAGAACAGGAGACAAAAGAGUUUUUAGAUGGGCAGGUGAGACUGUUUGAAAAGAAGCAGCAAAAAAUCCAUGCCAAUGCAACUAAGAAGCCGGAACAUAUAGAUCUGAAUAGUAGCGGAAUAUCUGAUGGUAAGAAAUUUUUGGUAGAUAAGUUAGGUGUGAUUAAAAAGCCUGCUUCUAAGCGCAAGAAGAUACGAUUAAUUUCGAAACCGUCAUCCAGAGGUGGUAGUUGA